UCUGUCGCCUCAGUGCUGGCUGGCCAGGCGGUAUUUGCUUGUGUAAUGUGGAACUUCUUUCGCAGAUGCGUGCUCGAUCCGAGAUCGCACACGUGUUCGUUCGGUGAACUGAUAUUUCCCGCAUAUUCGUGAGCGCGAAUUGAUCGAAUCCAAGAGAUUGGACAUUCUUGUCAAGAAGAUUAAAGGAACGAACUAUCUGCGCCUGAUUGGUAUCAGCGUCUAUCUUAUAAUUGGGAAAAUGAGCAGCUCAGCACACUUGCAAAUAACUCUUUUGAUAUAUGUCAGGAUAGCAGUAUCCUUGAUGUAGACGACCUUUGAUGUUACGUGAACCAUCAAAGAAUUUCAAACAAAUCAAGUUCCUGUUUUAUAUUCACCGUUUCAAAUCUAAUGUUUAUCCGUGAGAAAAAAACUUUCGAGGUGUUUCUGUGAAAACAACAUUGUAACGAAAAGAUGUUCAAAAUGCACGAUUCUUGACAAAGAAGAAAUUGCUAAUUAGAAAAUAGAUAAAAGCAUAAAAUUUCACGAUAUCAUAAGAUAUCUCGAGUAAACGAAACACAUUUCUUGGCAACAUCACGGUCACAUUUGUGAAAACAAAUUAUAUGAUUUUAUAAUUUUGGAAUAUGAAUGAAUGUUUGCUUCCAAAGAGACAACAAAAGUAACGGAGAAAACCAAUAAAAUCCAGAACCCUUCGAUUAUAUCUCUGAGUGCGACGAAGAAUUCACAUCGAACUAUACCAAGUUCAUCUCGCAUCAUCGACCACGAAAACGAACAUACUUAUGUUAACGUCAAAGAAGUGAGGAGAAGAACAACGAUAGAUUCAAACAAUAGUUCCAUUGACAGCGUUGAUUCACGUGAAACGCGAGAAGUGCGUGUAUUAAAGCUAAUGAGUUUGUCUUGCGUUCUAUACCUUACAAGCCUUACAUAAUCGCGUCAGAGCCGGAUCAAUCGUGUGCCAACGAUGACCUUGGCGAUCUCUUACCGAUGGUGGUUCGCGAGCUCGAUUUCAUCGAGGAAGCGAAUAAUGAUGCCGAAGAGGAGUUGACGUCGUCUACAAUCACGCGAAUAGUCGCGCUCGAUUAUAACUUUGACAUUUCCCGAUGCUUCUCGGAGAUGUCACGAGUUGCUUAUAGGCAAAAGCGCGAAUAUAGUACGAAAAGUUGAGUCAAAGAGAGAAAGAGAAUUAAGCAGCAGAUGAAACAUGACGGUCAGCUACACUGCUGAAGUAGCCACUUGCAGAGGGCUCGGUUGCUUCCCCAAGUUGCUGCUCAGAUGGCGAGCGAGUAUUUACAAACUCGUCUGGCUCGACCUAUCACUUUUCCUCUUCAUCUACUAUUCGCUGUCUGGCAUCUACCGAUUGCUAUUAAACGAGGAGCAGAAGAAGAUUUUUGAAUUUGUGGUGGCAUACUGCAAUGAGUUUAGCGACCUAAUACCGGUUUCGUUUAUCCUGGGAUUCUAUGUUACUAUCGUGAUGACUAGAUGGUGGAAUCAAUACUUAGCGAUACCAUGGCCCGAUUCCAUUGCGGUCUUCGUAUCAGCCACUAUACACGGAAACGACGAGCGCGGCCGUUUAAUGCGUCGUACGAUCCUUAGGUAUGUGUGCGUCUGUUUGACUGUGGUCCUAACAAAUGUCGCACCGCGAGUGAAGAAAAGAUUCCCCACCUUGGAGCAUUUCGUGGACAGCGGCCUGCUACUGGACAACGAACUAACGAUAUUCCAAAGCCUGAAUGCGAAAUUUCCGAAGCCGAGCAAGCAUUGGUUGCCGAUAGUUUGGGCCACGAGUAUCGUGACCCGCGCUCGAAAGGAAGGUCGAAUACGCGACGAUUUCGCGGUCAAGACUCUUAUCGACGAGCUCAACAAAUUCCGCGGAAAAUGCGGCACUAUUUUACACUACGACACAAUUAGUGUCCCGUUAGUCUAUACUCAGGUCGUCACAUUAGCUGUAUACACCUACUUCCUGACUAGCGUAAUGGGUCGUCAAUGGAUUCAAACGUCAAACUCGGUCAUUGAUCUGUACUUUCCGGUAUUCACGACGUUACAGUUCUUUUUCUAUAUGGGCUGGUUAAAGGUAGCCGAAACGCUAAUCAAUCCGUUCGGCGAGGACGACGACGAUUUCGAAGUAAAUUGGUUAAUCGAUCGCAAUUUGCAAGUAAGCUAUUUGAUUGUCGACGAGAUGCAUCACGAUCAUCCGGAACUCAUACGCGAUCAAUAUUGGGACGAAAUAUUCCCCAUGGAGCUCCCAUAUACAGCCGCGGCGCAACCCUUCCGCGAGGAACAUCCGCAACACUCAACAGCCGGCAUACAAUUGUCCGCCGCGCAACAAGAACUGCAACCGUCGUCGGUUAAAAUCGAGGAUCUGGCACCAGAUGAUCAGAAAUUCCACUCUGACAUUGCCGACGACGCUGCGUCGGGCAUACAUUUCACCGCGACCGGAAAAAUUUCCCGAAAUGGUUCAGAGAGCACUGAGAAAUUAGUAAGAAGUGCCAGUAGAGUGAGUAAUCGAGAACGCAAUCUCAGCAGCGGUUCAACUCCUAGCAACUUGGGUGGCUCGCUCACCAGAAUAAACAGCGUUACAAGCGUACUUAAGAGAUUCUUUAGCAAGGAAGACAGACCGGACGGAGGUACCACAAGUGGCACUAAAACUCCGGCAAAGAUUACGAACUCAAGCUCGGCAGCUUCGUUGCAAAUACGACCACCUGGUGCGAGUAGUUCUAUGCGAAUAGGCGUCAUCGAGGAGGUAGACGAGCAACUGACGCUCACAUCGUUACGGCAAUCGAACGAUAACAAUAGACCCCAUGUACAAAAUAUAUUCGCACAAGGCCCGCCACCGCCGAGCGAUCCCGUAGACGUGCCUAAACCAACGCAAUUUCGUAACCGCGAAGUAUUCUCUAGGAGCGCACCUGCACGAGGAGGAGUCCUAACUACAGCCGAUAGCACGGAAUCGGGAACCACGCACGAAAGGCCGAGCACUUUAAGGACACAAGAAUUCACGCAAUCGGCGCGAUCGAGCUUUUACGAUCCGGCAAGUUACCCCGGUAGCGGAAUAAACGAUGAUCUACCCAGUACCUCAAGCUCCUCGUGUUGCAGCGACAAUGCUGCGAACGAAUUUACGAAAUUGAAAACCGAGAGAAAGAAACAGAGACGUAACCGUAAGCUCGCUCGAAGUGUCAGCGGGCAGAUCGGUACGUUUAAUCAAUCGAUAAGUUCUCCAGAUACGGAGACUCUUUUGCUGACGGAAUUAGCGGACGCGUCGCGACGUAGCAUGAACGAACGUGACGAACAGUUUUAGAAAAAUAUGUUAUUUUUACAUCCACGUUUUUCAUGAUUGGCCUAAAUAAGCCUAAAUAACUAGAAAUUGGAUAGAGUAGCGCGAUAAUAUAUCACCUCACAUAAGUGGUAGAUUUUUUACGUAUUUUUGAUGUACUUAUAUAUUGAAACAAUAUCUCGCGAAAAAAAUCCAUAAUUGUGCUGUCAUCAUUCAAAACAAAGCGCUGGUGAUAAAAAUUAUUAUUUAUAUAUAAAUCAAUUGUAAUUCUCGUGAUAUCAGCGUUAAGCUUUGAAAAGUUUAUAAAAUGAUAUAAGUUGAAUAUUUUAAAUGGAUAUAUAUAUAUACAUAUAUAAUGCAACAACUAUCAUGCGAAAGUUUAAGCAUAAGCAACAAAACUAAAACCAGCAAAGAAAAUUUCAUAGUCCUUAUAAAUGAGAAACAAAAAAUCUCGUAUUUUUUAAUAUAAAAAAUGUAUAUAGCAAAAACAUAUAAUUAAUUUUGACUAUGAUUAAGUAUUUACACUGAUACACAUACAUAGAAUACUUCCAUAAUUCUCAAGCGAAUGAGAAGCGUAAAAAAAAAAACUAUAAAGGUGCUAUCAAUGAAAAUGUAUCAAUUCUUAAUCGAUAUAUCCGAUUAAACCUCUUUUAAAGAAAUUACAAAAUUAGAAAAACCCCGUCUUUGAAAAUUUAUAAAAAGUAAUUCCCCAAAUUUACGUAAAAAAAAAAGUUAAAUACAAAUUGCUUAAUUAAGAUCUGUCUACAUAUACUCUAUAUUUAAACUUUGUAUUCAAGAUUCUAUUUUGUGUGAAUUUAAUUUUCAUGUUUUAUCACAGUAUUACACAUAAAUAUAUCCAUAAUCUUAUGGACGUACGCACAAACUAUUUGACUAUUGUCAUCAUUUUCGAUUCAACAUUCCACGAUAUACACGAUUUGUUAUUAGCGCUCAUAAAUAAGCCAUUUAUUUUGCAGUAUUAUUAAAAUAAAGUAUUUUCGAUAAGAUAAA